AGAUAAUUAUGAGAAAAGUGAGAAAAUAAGUUGAGUAUUAUGGCACUGGUGAAUCAACACGUUCCCAAAAUCAGGCCAGGAGACAUGGUGAGGUUCAACCGAGGUCUCUACUACCACUGGGGCGUGUGCAUAGCCGAGAACCAGAUGGUGCAUGUAGCUCCUGAGAAUGGAACCAAAGAAAUCAACUCGUUAAACAGUCUAUCUUCCCAAGGCAACAAAGCAGUAGUGCGGAUCGAGCUGAUAGACAAGUGGGCCCAUGAGGGGGACUACAGGACAGACAACUAUCUGGACCACAGAGUCCAACCGAAAGACGUCGAGGACAUCUGCAGCUUCGCCUUGCAACAGGUGGAUCAUUUCUACUGGGUGUACGAUCCAGUGAGCAGCAAUUGCGAGAAGUUCGCCAUCUGGUGUCGCUACAGAAUAGACAAAUGGGGCCGACAGGGGGAACUGGUCCGCAACAUAGCAGUAGGCACUAUGGCUGUGGUGGGAGCAGCGGCCAUAGGGGUAAUAGGUGCAGCUUGUAUGGGCUUCAAAGCCAUAGAUGUCGUUUGUAAUGGAGCGAACGGGAAAGACAGAAAAAGGAAGCGUAUAGCUAAUGGACUAACUAUUGCUAACGAGGAGCACGAUGAAGUUAAUGCGAACUCUUAGCAAAUUGUUCUGACUUAGAUAGAUUUGCCAAAUUGACAUGGAAGUAGCUUAGAUACUAUGACUGGUGCAGAGAAAUAUAUUGUAGUUUUUUUUGUAAAUUUUAGUUGAAUUAAUUUUUU